UUCCGAUAUAAAAAAGAAUUAUUAUCUUUUCUCAUUUUCCUCUUCUGUUUGUCAUCAUCAUCAUCAUCAUCAUCCAUCAUCACUUAUUAUUAUUAUUAUUAUUCUUCUUUUUUCCCUUCCCCACAUACAAUACAAUAUAGGCACUUUUUGCAACAAACCGUUUUUUAUCCAUACCUUCUUUUAACUUUUCUUCUUUGUACUUGUAUUCCUUGUUACUUUUGUUUCAACACCUUUAAUCAUUUCUGUAUGGUUGUCGCCGCAUCAAAGGUCGUGCCGGCCUUUCUGGGCGGCUUUAUCUGCAUAUACGGCCUCGUUUCGGGGUUUGUCAAGGAGCGUCUCUUUCUCUCCGAAUCGCUCGUGGCCAUGCUCUUUGGCAUAAUCAUUGGGCCCCAGGCAAUCAACGCUGUGGAUCCACGGGAAUUUCUCGACACAGACAAGUUCACACUAGAGUUCGCCCGUUACGUCAUUGGCAUCCAGGUGAUGGCAGCCGGCAUCAUGUUGCCCAGCCGAUAUAUCAUCCGCAAAUGGCGGACCAUGUCUGUGCUCCUUGGCCCAGUGAUGGUUGUUAUGUGGUUAGUCACUGCUGGUAUCAUCCAUUUGAUGUUUAACAUUGGGUUCGAGCAGGCAUUGCUCAUUGCCUCGUGCGCGGCACCGACGGAUCCUAUUCUGGCCAACUCCGUCGUGAAGGGCAAAUACGCCGAGGCCAACGUGCCCAAGAAUGUGCGCGAUGCACUUUCGGCCGAGUCCGGUAUCAACGACGGCCUGGGUCUGCCGUUCCUGUACUUUGCACUAUACCUGCUGCACGAAGGGUAUUCCACAGGCCACGCCAUGGGCCGGUGGUUCUACUGGAUCUGGUGCUACAACAUCCUGCUCUCCAUCGUCAUCGGCAUUGUCAUCGGGUAUGUUGCGCGAAAGCUUCUGCGGCUGGCCGAGACCUACGAGCUUAUCGACAAGGAGUCGUUUUUGGCGUUUUCGAUUGGCCUGUCUAUUUUCAUCGUCGGCAUCCUGCAGCUGAUCCGCAGCGACGACGUGCUGUGCUGCUUUAUUGCUGGGCACGCCUUCACGUGGGACGACUGGUUCCGCGAGGAGACCAAGGAUGCGCAUUUCCAGGAGGUGCUGGACGGCCUGAUCAACGUCACGUUCUUUAUCUACUUCGGCACCAUAAUCCCAUGGCACAAGUUCAACAACGCGGAGCUGGUCAUUGCUCCCUGGCGCCUCAUCGUUGCUGCCAUCAUGGUCCUGCUGCUCCGCCGGCUCCCCAUCGUGGUUAUGCUUACGCGGAUUACGCCGGCGUUCAGGAACUACCGGCAGUCCCUGUUUGCCGGCUGGUUCGGCCCCAUCGGCGUCGGCGCGCUUUUCUUUGCCGAGAUUGUGCUCGAGGAAAUUGAGCACGAGCCCGAGCAUUUCCAUUACCGCUCGCGGGAAAUCAUCGUGCCCAUCGUCAGCUUCCUUGUUUUCUCCUCUGUGCUGGUCCACGGAAUCACGCUGCCGCUGCUGUACAUUGGCAAGGUUGUGCGCAGCCGUAGCAGGUCUAUAUCGUCCAUGUCUAUCCGCAACGGAAUCGCCAGCCGCCUGUCCUUUGUCAGCUCACGCGAGCCUGCUGGGAUCCACGGCGUGCACAUUCCGAUGAUUGACAGCAGCAGGGGCACGCCGGUCGACUACGCUGAUGCGCCGGCGAAACGCGAUGGCCGAGCGGUGUUUGACGUAGACACUCCCCAGAGCUACCAGUCGCCAGCCGCACAUGGCAGCGAGGACCACUUGGACGGGUCGUUGGAGAGGGACACUGACGAGGACCACAACCAGACGGCGCCCCUCGACCUCAUUCGCACAAUCACCAUCGACGACAAACCCAAGAUGUCCCGGGACCAGAUGGACAUCCAUUACCCGAGAGACAACAUCAGGCAGCAGUACACCCAGCACGUACAGAAUCUGCACACAUUGAACCCGUUGAGCGGCUCGAAGUACUCACAUCUGCAGAUGCACAACAAUUCCGUCAUUCUGCCGCCGAAAUCCCACAGCUCAUAUGAUAUUGGAGCCUUGGCGAAUUCGCGUGGAGACAUAUGCGGGUUGGAAACCACAGAUACUGACGAUGCGGCGGAGGCUUCUAUGCGCAUUGCUGAUGCGCGGCAAUCAGAGAUUGCACACAGAAAUAGCGAUGUGAAUGCAGGGGGGCAUGUGGAGGGCACGAGUGUGCAGUUUGUGACUGAAGCCAAUCCCGCCACUGUGGCUGAUACUGCUACUGCUACUGCUGCUGCUGCUGCGGUCAAGGAAGAUGAUUUCCAGCAGAGCGAUGAAGACGGCAGCCUCGUGCUGGACGCAGACAGGGUUUUGGCCUCGCCAAAGACCUCGCGCACAGCCUCAAGAGACACUAUAAUGAGCGCUCCCGAGCUGUCCAAGGUCCACACACGCUCCAGUGACCUGCUUCGGGCGCCUCUAUCCAUUCACCCGAGCUUGCCCGAGGCCACCGGAAUUGAGGGCUCGCCCUCCGACCUUGCUGCCGCCCACCAUGUCCGCCGCCUGUCUGGCAGCCACCUGCAUCGCCAGAGAUCCAACAGCUACAGUGGGGCUGGGCCCAUUCGGCAUAUACUGCGCAGGCGCAAGAGGCAGCAGAACGUGACUGCCAACGGGAGCGAGCAGAUGUGCGAGUUCAUCGGCAAUCACAAGAACCCGCUGGGCCGCUUGGAGGAUGGCGAGCUGGUCGACUACGAUGAUCCAAACGACGAUAGCGCUGAGCAAGGAUUUAUGGACAACAAUGUUGAUGACCGGUUCAUCGAUUAUUUCAAGGUCGACAUUGGCAGCAACAUUCGCCGGUGGUCGUCUAAAUUGCCACUGUUCGGUGCAAGCAGGCAGACAGGUGACGACGAGGAGCACAAUGCCGGAGGAAGCGGCAGGCCUCCAGUUUGAGAAUACCUUUUAUUCGAUUUAUUCGAAUUUUUUAUAGUGGCAAUAAAUGCACACAUAUAUUU